CCAGGGGUCUCUGAAUUCCCAUGUUUUGAAUACGUCAAUAAACAUCUGUGUUUUUACCUGAAAUAUGAAAUUUGGACUGUUUAAAGUGUUUACGUGGCAAAGUUACUAAGCCUACGUCGUCCUGGAAAAUGCUACAACAGUCACAAAAAUGGAACGAAUCCAGAAGUACAUGGUUCAGUUAGCGGAAAACUUUAACAAAACAUCUUUAGACGAUGGUUUUUGGGAUUGUGUAGUCAUAUCUGCCGGAGAUGAAGAACAAAAAGAAUGUUUCAAACAGCAAAUUGAUGAGAAACUGGAAAAUGGAGAAAUACCAAGGGCUACUAAAUAUUUAGUCAUUGCUGAUUGUCCUGGAUAUGCUUUGGGGUCAGGUGGAUCUACCUUUCAUAUUCUGAAACAUUUAAAAAAACUUUUUGCCAAUGAUCUAUUUGAGAUGAAAAUUUGGAUUAGUCAUGCUGGGGGAUCUAGUAAAAGAUUACCAAAUUUAAGCUGUACUGGAAAGUUAUUUUGUCCAUUGCCACUAGAAGUUGAAGGAAAAGCAAUAACACUUCUAAAUUUAAAAUUUAUUAUUACUUCACCUUUUCUUAAACUGAUGAAAAAUGGAGGAAUAUUUAUUUGUGCUUCUGAUGAUAUAGAAACUUUUUGUUUAGAAGGUCUUGAAAGUCUUGAAGAAAAGUUUAACCAACUAGAUGAAGAUGGAAUUGUAGCCAUUGGUCAUCCAUCCACUAUUGCAAUAGGAAAUACGCAUGGUGUGUACGUGCUUCCAGAGUGGUGUAGAAAUGAGGAGAAUUGUAGGCUAAGCCCUUGCCUUGAAGUUUUACAGAAACCGAAUUAUGUCACUAUGGAAACAAAAAAGGCUUUAUUUAAAUUUGGCCAUAAUGAAGAGGAAAGAGUAUAUACCGACAGCAUGUUUUGGUGCCGACCAGGACUCGUGAGGAAAAUGGUGGCGUUUGCUGAGGAAUGUGAGGAUCUCUACCGCAACGAAACGUGUAUAUACGGCGAUUUUCUAGCCUGCAUGGGAUCUCGUCCUGCCGAACAAAAACUGUAUUGGAAAAAUGUUUCUAAUUCCUCGACAAUCAAACGCAAAAUUGCUAGUCAUUUCGGAGAUACAUCGCUGAACAUUCUGAUCUUGGAGCGAUCGCAUUUCUACCAUUUAGGAACUAUGCCAGAAUAUCUGGAAAAUCUGAAUCCUGCAUCCGAACUAUUCCAGACGUUGGGGAUGAAGCUACACGUUCAAUCAUUCCUCAGAAAUCCAUCUAGAAUUCAAGGAAUUGUAACUCUGUCCUGCAUAGAAGCAGAUGCCGAGAUGAUGAAAGAUAGUAUUAUGGAUAGUUGCAUUGUAAAUGUACCGAUUAUCUGCGAGCAGCAGACUAUUGUCAGUCAUUGUCUGAUUGAUGAUCCGGUGAUUAACGUAAUUCCGUCUGGUUGGAUGUUUCACACUGCAGCAGUGAAGCAAGAAAAUUCGGUGCUCUACGUCACUAUUGCCUUUCGAGUGGAUGAUGACUUGAAAGGAACCAUAGAGCAGAGUCAUGGAUGGAAAGGCACUAGUUUAGCGUCCACAACUUCUACGCAGUGGCAGGCCAAAUUGUUUGAAGCUCACGAGACAAUGAGUCAAUCAUUUACCGCAACCUGGAGAAGCGUAACAAACUUACUAGAACAUGCCGAGUCCAAUGAAAUGAGAAAACUGCAGCGUUUUAGCAUGGAAGACAUAGUUCAAAAGAAAGACAUACCAGCAAUGAUGCAGCACAGAGUAAAUGUUUCACGGAAGAUAAAUUUCCAUAUGUUAACCUAAAAGUUCGCUGAAUACAACAAAGUGAAAGUCUACCAGAAUGUUACGUUUUCGACGACUAUUCGGUGUAUUCACCAGACCAGACACGUACAUAUAUGUUACCCAUUAAUCAUAUUGGAACAUUUCGCUUGAAAUUGUAAAAUAAACAGACAAAUUUACCCAGUC